AUGGCUAUUGAUGUGAACACGAGUUCGGGUUCAGUGAGGGGUCAGACACUCCAUGUCUUGAAUCGCUCUAUACAUCAAUUCUUGAAUAUACCCUACGCUGAGCCACCUUUAGGCCCACUCAGGUUCGCCCCUCCCCUACCCCUCAGAGCACCCAAACAGUUAAAAGAUAUGUCGGAAAAUAUACCGAUGAGUGAAGACUGUCUGGUAUUGAAUAUAUGGACACCAAAUGUGGGCAAUAGUAGUGAUAGUAAACUGAAAGGGAAAGGGAGUCUCAAACCAGUGAUGUUCUCAAUACAUAUCGGAGGCUUGAAAUCUGGUUCAAUAUUUCGAGACUUUUACAACGGCUCGGUAUUGGCCACCAAUCAUGUGGUGGUCGUGUCGGCUAAUUAUAGGGUCGGGCCGUUAGGCUUCCUAUACGGCGCGGACGAGACAGCGCCGGGAAAUGCGGGCCUUUAUGACCAGUUAUUGGCACUCAAAUGGGUUAGAAAAAAUAUUCACUCGUUUGGCGGAAAUGGAGAUCAGAUGACCAUUUUUGGCAACAGCGCCGGGAGUUGGUCGGUGUCCGCACACAUACUCUCUCCGCUGUCCAAAGGUCUGUUCCGGAGGGCGAUUAUGCAGAGCGGGUCCGUUGCGUUCAACAGAGACCGACCAGUGGUCAGCGCCGCGGAAGCCCUGCAAAAAGCAAAACAAUUGGCCCGACGUUUAAAUUGUGCUCAAAAUGACGACAAAUGGUUGGACUGUUUGCGCGCAAUAGAGGACCCGAAGCUCUUUGUUGAACGAUCGGUCAAUAAGAGUGCACUUGUAUGGCAGUGGCCGGUGUUUGGCACACAAUUCCUACCAGUGUUACCCAAUAAAGCACUUAAAACUCAAUCAUUCAAUUCGGACAUUGAAGUGAUGGCCGGCGCGACCAAAGACGAGGGCAAAGCUCUAUCGUAUCGACGAAUACCGGAAAUGAAGUCCAAACUGACGGCACAAUUGUUUCGUAAAGCGGUCCGCGAUUUGAGCGGCGAAUACCAUAACAUAGAUGUGGACAAAGUGUGCGCCCAUUAUCUUAAUGGUGUCCACACAAGCAAUUCAUCGCAAUUGAAGUCAGCGUUGAGUGCAUUGUAUGGCGACCUGGAGUUCACUUGUCCCACAUAUCGGUUCGCCAAGAGGUUGGCCACUAAUGGCCAGAGAACAAAACUAUCGGCCCUUAUAAAGGGCUGCGCCAAUAGUGACGUGUGUCACGCCGCGGAGUUGGACCUAACCUACGGCCAGCCCUUGAGAUUUCCCAAACUGUACACCAAAACUGAAUAUGACUUCAGUAUAGAUGUGAUGAAAAUGUGGACCAAUUUUGCAAAGAAUGGCAAAGCGCACGAACUUUGGCCACAAUUAUGUGACAAAUCCGGUAUUCAUGUGAAAGACUUGAAUCCCAACGAUAUGUCACUUAUUCUCGACAAUCCAUACGAGAGUACAUGUGAUGUUUAUUCACUUAUUUAUUAA